AUGGAAUGCAAUAAAGAUGAAGCAAUUAGGGCAAAAACAAUCGCUGAAAAGAAAUUAUCUGAUAAAGAUUUUCCUGGUGCUAAGAAGUUCAUCUUAAAAGCCCAAAACCUAUAUCCUAGUCUUGAUGGCAUCUCUCAGAUGUUGACCACUCUUGAUGUGUAUAUCGCCUCAGAGAACAAGAUAAGUGGAGAAGUUGAUUGGUAUGGGAUACUCGGUGCAAACCCUAAUGAUGAUGAAGAAACAAUCAGAAAACACUACAGAAAGUUGGCUCUUUUGUUACACCCUGAUAAAAACAAAUCAGUAGGUGCAGAUGGUGCUUUUAAACUUCUUUCAGAAGCAUGGAGUUUGUUAUCUGACAAAGCUAAAAGAUCAUCCUAUAACCAAAGGAGAAGUAUGAGAGCAUUCCAACAGAAAGUUUCAGUUCAAGUUCCACCUCCUUCAGCUCCUGGUGCCAAUGGAGCCCACACAAAGCAACCACCUUCAAAGCCAAACAACCGGACUACAACCACCGCCACUAGGCCGCCAGCUCCUCCACCACCUUCCCGCCCACCUCCACCUCCACCUCCGCUUCGUACCGAUACUUUUUGGACAAUUUGCCAUCGAUGCAAGAUGCAUUACGAGUAUCUAAAACUAUAUCUCAAUCAUACUCUUUUGUGUCCCAAUUGUCACGAGCCGUUUCUAGCCAAGGAAAUGCCGCCACCUGUCAACCUCCCGAAACCAUCUUCUUCAUCUGCUCACCACCAUCAGAAUCCAACUAACCAUGUAAAAACCACAAAAGUCCAGGGAGGCCCUUUCACAAAACCAAAUGUGCCUGCAGACCCCUCGGUUGCAACAAAAGCAGCAAGUGUUAUUCAGCAAGUAGUUGCUGACAGGUUGAAAAGAGAACGUGAAGAAUUCUAUGCUAAUUGGCCUUCAAAAAAGAGAAAAGCAGAUGAUGAUAGUCAAGGCUCUGGUGUUAAGAUCCCGUUUCAGAUGUCAACAACAGGGGUAAAAAUGACCGGUUUUGAGACAGCUAAUUUAAAUAAUAGGUUAAAUAGAACUAGGGAGUUGACUCCAUUAGAAAGCCGAAACAUGUUAAUGAAAAAAGCCCAAACAGAGAUUAAAAAAAAACUAAUCCAAUGGGAAUCCGAGGAGAAAUCGAAAGAAAACUUAAACAAAAACAACCCAUCAUCUCAAAAUCAAAAUCAAAAUAGCAAACAAGUUUAUGAACAAGAAAAUGGAGAAGAAGAAGAAGAAGAAGAAGAAGAAGAAGAACUUGCAAUGAAUGUUCCGGAUCCCGACUUCCAUGAUUUUGACCUUGAACGCACUGAAAAUUCAUUUGAAGAUAACCAAGUGUGGGCUGCUUAUGAUGAUGAUGAUGGAAUGCCAAGAUUCUAUGCUUUGAUUCAUAAAGUUCUUUCAAGAAAACCACUGAAGAUGAAAAUCAGUUGGCUAAAUUCAAAAACCACAGCCGAAUUCGGAAGCCUAGAAUGGUUGGGUUCGGGUUUCCGGAAGGUUUGUGGGGAGUUUAGAAUCGGGAGACAUGAACUCUACAAAACCCUAAAUUCAUUCUCCCAGAAGGUUGAGUGGACAAAAUCCCAACGUGGGAGUGUUUUGAUUUUACCUAGGAAGAACCAAGUGUGGGCCCUGUACAGAAACUGGUCGCCUGAUUGGGACGAGAAUGUUCCGGAUGAUGUGAUACAUAAGUAUGACAUGGUGGAGGUUCUAGAAGAUUACAAUGAAGAAAAAGGUGUUCCGGUCAGCCGUCUUUUGAAGCAUGCUGGAUUCAGAACUGUUUUUCAUCCUGUUACAGACGAAAGUGAAGUGACAGUCAUUCCAAAAGAAGAAAUGUUUCGAUUCUCACAUCAAGUCCCGAAAUAUGUCUUGAAUGGGACAGAGGGGCAAAAUUGUCCAAAAGGUUGCCUUGAGCUGGAUCCAGCUGCUACGCCUUCUGACCUUAUUCAAGAGGACACCAUUGAGAAUGAUGGUGUGAAGGGCAAGAUUGGAAAUGGUGAAGAGAAGAAGAUAUAG